CUUCGCAGCACCCACACUUCACACUUACAAGGUACUUAGUUCUUAGACUCCCCUUCGUCUGCUUCUCCUCUUACUUUCUUGGGUUCACGUCGACUUCCUUCCUCUACAACCUCGACCAUUUCGUCGGUCCUUCGAAUCCUCGAAGGUUAUCGGACUCGCACUCGGAUAUCUCGAGUCGUAAUAAUCACCCCGUGUCUUUGGUUCGCCGGAUUCCAUUUCAACUGCUGCUGCUGUGCUUGCGGCCGGUUCUCCUACAUCAAACGAGGUGAGUAUUGAUGCUCCUGUGCCGGCUUUUUAUUUUUGAUCGCAUUCCCAUUGUGCCGAUAUUUGCAUCUUGAUUUCGCUCGGCGGUCUUUUGCGUUUGAAUUCUCCUGCUGUUCUGCGACAGUGAUGGAGAGGAAAACGUGACGGUGAUGAAAAUGCGUCGCGGUUGCCUAUCUUCCUCUGCAUCACCCCAACCGCAACUACCAACCUACCUACCUGAGACAACCGUCACUCCAUCCAUGGAUAUUUGCAUGGAACCUUCCGCCCGCCUGGCCCCUUCUGCACGCUUGCAUCCACAUCAAUCCGCGCGUUCUAGUGCCUUGCUACAAUUUACGACAAAACUCUGUGUCUUCAUCCAAAUCGAUUCCAUAAUCGCUCCUUUGGCCGUCACCUCCCGCCUCAUUGCGUGAUUACUGCCACUAGCGAUUUCUCAAAUGCGUGUGACCAUUCAGGCUGCGACAGUGAUCACGCUUAGCAUUGCUACUACGACGAGUGAAGAACGCGGCUGUGCUCAAUCAUCAUUUGGCCUUCAUGCUAAACACAAACCUCAUUUCUCCUUUACGCCACUGACUGUUUUCUUCCUGCUCGCUUGCAUUUCACAUCGAGUGAUCGAGGAAGACCGGCAUUGUGUUCCGUUGCCUCACAUCUGCUUUGCAUUUUGUACUUGGACAACUUUUCAAGCUUGACAAGCCACUAACUCGUUUAUGAAAUAGGUCGACAUCACAGUCCCUCGAUAUAAUAGAAGCCGUGCCUUUCCCGUUUGGCAUUGCUGAUUCCACUUCUUCGUCCUCCAAACAUAUCCUUAUCUUUCUCGGGUCGAAUUCCCUUUCAUGUGUCGUGGGCAAUAAUCAUGGAUUCAGAAGACGGAGAACUGUUCAUAAAGCAACUUGCCGGCUAUGUUCGGACGCACGAGAAGGCUUUGGCCAACGCUCUUCAACUGCGCCGCCAAGUCCGCCAUAAGCCAUCUCAGAGUACAGGCUCAGCGGCCCUCCUCUCCCAAACUUCCACUUCGCUUCCCGAACGACCAUCUACCUCCGCUUCCACAUCGAGUUCGCUCGCAGCUGCAUUGUCGCUUGGAACCUUAAACUUCACAUCACAUAAUGCCAAAUCCGUAAAAUUGGCUCUCACGCCUCAUCACCUAUUCUACCUACUCUCCCGCUUCGAAGAACUCAGCAUCAACGUCGGUCCUAUGAAAGUCCGGCUUGAAAACCUCCACGACAGUUCAUCCUCCGCCAACUAUGUUUCUUUCCUCAGUAAUACCCAGCGAUCGAGAAGCAAAGGCUCGGAUAUUGAUUCAAUACACUCUGUCUCGAGUAUACGAAGUGUCAUGUCGGGCAUGUCUGCAUUAUGGUCGAGUUUCGGCAUUGGAGCCAGCAUAUCAGCUGCUCGAACCGAACGCCAAAAAGCCGCUCUGGAAGCUGACAUGAAAUACCUCUAUUCUGCUUUUACCAAGAUUCCUUGCUUGAGGUUGGCUCCAGAUUGGCGUGCCCGCCUGAUUCGUGGUUAUGAAGAGUUUCCAUUUGAUUCAGCUGUACCCCUAUACGUUUUCAAGAACCUGCAGGCUCUCGAAGUUAGCAGCAUCGACUUCCGACAAUUCUUUGGCUGGGAUCGUCUAGCUGAUCAGCUGCGUUCUCUUACCCUGAAACGUGCCGGUAUUGAGGACCCCGCGGACAUAUUGAUUGACAUCGUCUUGGAUGAUAUGGACAAACGCCGUCGACGAGUCUCCAAAUCCCAGUCCUCGCCCACUUCAGUUUGGACGGGUAGCGGCAGUCCUCGUCGUAAUAUUGCUCACCCCGAGCUUCACCGAGCCGUGUCUGCUCCAAGCUCUCCUGGUGCACACGUCGACAUGCGGGUCGGUUCGUUGACCCCAAGUGAACAUGCUAUCGAAGAGAGCAGCCGUAGGCAGUCUUUGAGCAAGGAUGACGAGCAAGAUGACACCCCACAAACUGUGCACAAGUCUUCUCGUCCCAGGAGCAACUCACCUCCGCGCCCUACCAGCUCUCGAACGCAAUCACAUCCUGUUCGAGGUAACCAUCAUCGCAUGAGGCGAUCGGGAUCUGGCAGUUCUCAUUCCAGCCUUUCUGAUUCUUGGACUGGUCAUCACCAUUCUCGAGGCAGCUCUGGUAACUUACUUGCUAUGGGCGUCCUCCCCACUUCAAAGUGGCGCUUUUUGCGACAUCUGAGUCUGGCUGACAAUUCCAUGACUUCCAUUCCGCAAAAUAGUCUGGCACCCCUAUCCAACACACUUUACUCUCUGGAUAUUUCCUCCAACCUCUUCAGCCAGGUCCCAGACAGUCUGGCUACUCUGACCGCCCUUAGAGCUCUGAACUUGUCUCACUGCAUGAUCGACUCUCUCCAGUCCUUGACCCGCAACCCUCUUCCUGCCAUCACAGCUCUCAACCUUCGAGCAAACAGGCUCCAGAGCCUUGCUGGCGUUGAGAAGCUGGUUCCUCUUGAGAGACUCGAUUUGAGAGAUAACCGUCUAGUCGACCCAAUGGAAUUGGCGAGAUUGACAGGUAUCCCCGACAUCCACGAGAUUUGGGUUGAGGGCAAUCCCUUCACUCGUACCCACAAGGAUUAUCGCAUCACCAUCUUCAAUCUCUUCCGCAAAGCUCCAGGCUAUACUGAUGACGUGAUUAUUGAUGGCAGUGGUCCAAGUUACGUUGAAAGACGAUCACUGGUUGACCGCCCCCCUAUCCCGGACUCAAUCCCUGUCGUCAAGCCACAGGCUCCUGAGGUGCCUACUGUUGAUGUCAGCAAGCCUGCCAUUAUUUUCAACCCUCCCAAAGAGCCAGCUGUCCUCCGAAAGGAACGGCCUACGCCUAAGGCUGUCAUGAGUGAAAUUAACACCAGCUCGACACGUCGGCGAAAAACUCCAAAGAGGCGAAUCGUGGAUUUGGCCACUUCUGAUACCCCAUCCUUCCCAUCCCCAGUCGAGGUUCAAGUGGCGAAGCCGGCUGGCAAGCAGCCCAAGUCUCCGCUCACUAACGACGGAAACUACCGGAUAUCCCAGCAACCUGAAGGCCAGGUUUUGUCGCCGUCCACAUUAUCGUCCGAGUCGCAAAUUGUCAGCUCACCUGAAGUACCACGAGUUGACACCAACAUCUUCACCGACAUCCCAGCUGCUUACUCAUCUAACGAUGAUGCUUCCACUUGGAAGGAAUCCCAGGACUGGGAUGCCGGUGGUGAAAUAUACCGUCAGAAGAUUGAAGCCUUGCGGAAUACUGUUGGCAAUAGCUACCUUUCUGUCUUGAGCGAAGAGACUUGGGCUCCCAGCCGCCCGGCAGACUUUUCCACGCCUAAUGUCCCAUCCGGUACAGCCAUGCGCACAGCACACACUCCUAUCCACGCCCCUCAGGCUCAAGCCAUACAUAGUGGUCGGACCUUGGGCUGAAAUCGAAGAUGCGAUACCAGCAGAGUUAGACUUGGAAAACGACAUCCAUAUGAUACCCAUAUACCCUCUCUACUGUGGGAGCAUGCUGGACUCCUCGGUAUGAUUCAAUUCUUCUGUUGAGCUGAGUCUGAAGAUUCAAGCUCGAACACUUCGUAUUUUAUUUUUUAUUGGCAUUUGCAACGAUAUCAUGGAGCAUAGCGAGGCGGCGUUUUGGGCAGAUGACACAUCUACAUUUGUGUGAGUAUAGGAACUCAUCUUUACUUUUCAUGGCUGCUUCUCCUUUCUGGAACCUGCAUGUUUCUCUCGCCCUUGUUCUAGAGAUAUCACAUCUUUCAGCGGUUUCUGAUAGAGAGAGGGUUUCAUCUAAAGGAUGCCUGUUAUUCACAUUCGAAAUGAGAUUGAACAUGUACUGUUUUUUGCUUUCACGUAGGAGUCUGGACAUGGCGUUGGAAGGUCAAGGGCGUUUGCCCAUAUGCAUUUUGAUUCUACGGUACGGUUGGAAGAAAAAAAAAUACUUCAUUUGGCUUGAAGUUUAUGUGGUCUGAGGCAGCUAUGCUGAAGAAUUGGAGAUUGUUGUAAUACAUGAUAUGCCUUAUCUGUUCAAACCCUUGGUGGUUCUAGUUGCCCUCUUGUAAUACUGUCGUGACAUCCUAAUAAUCAUGGAUUGCCACCGUCCCAGAAUAUCCUCAUUGUGAGCGUGCACAGAUCGCACCGCCAACAAGAAUCGUUUCAGAGGUCACUCGUCGUGGCUUAUGAACCCCAGGAGGGAAAUGAUCCUGUUGCGUUCCGAUGAUGCUGUCAUGGAAGAAGCCAAGAGACGAACCAGACUAUUGGUUGACGUGACCAGGUCAGCCGGCUUUAGCCUGAUGCUUUAAGUCGCAGAAGGACCAAAGAGGCUUGGGGUUAGGAGUAUUGAAAGAGACAUGACCAGAUGGUUAUGGACGCUUUGUUCCUGACACAGCUAGAACAUUGAGAUGGUGGGCUGGCUAAGCCGCUGGUAUAAGGUACAUGGGGGCCUCUGUUGGUGAUGAUGGAGGGGCGGGCUGAGUGACAGAUUGAAGGGUUGGGAGGGUAAGUUUAAGGCUUGACCAAUAUCUGAGCCAUGAGGGGGCGUCAUCAUUCCUGGGCGAGGUGAAACAUCGAACUUCUGGUGAAGAUGGCACCAUUGGUGAAGCUAGUGUUGGAUGGCUGAGUCAAUACCCCAGAUUCGAGGUCAUUCGCAUUUGCAGUUGCCAUGGCAGUAUCACGGUGGCGACGAAGGUAGUGCCAGCCUUCGAAUUGGAGAUUUUCAGACUGUGGCUAAUGGAUUAGUUAGUAGUAAAGUCCCGGCUAUCUAUUUAUGGUAUUUCUCUCAGACCUUUGGUAUUGGUAGCGCAUGUGAUUAUGCUUUCAGUUUAACGCUUCAUGCUUCCCGCAACCCAUGAG